AUGCUUUCCUAUCGCAGGGCUCUCAUAAUCGCCGCCGCGCUGCUCACCUUCUUCUUCCUAUUGCGAUCAUCGCACACCGCAGGCCCCUCGGCGAAGCUGAUUGUGCCCGAGUCCAAGUCGGAGGCCAAGCCUGCCUCCUCCCAGGCGAUCGACACCGCGCCGGCCGGCCAAUCUUCCGAGCGCAAGACAGAGAAGACAGCACCGCAGGCGGUGGCAAAGAAGGAGCGUCCGCAGAUAGCUCUCGAGGAUCUGCACACGAAGCCGCUGCGCCAGCAGCUCGAGUACCAGUUCCCCUACGACCCUCAGAGCAAGUUCCCCGCCUACAUCUGGCAGACAUGGAAAUACACGCCCGCAUCCGGCGAAUUCGACGAGAUUUUCCGCGAGCCUGAGGCGAGCUGGACCAUCCUCCACCCUACCUUCGUUCAUGAGGUCAUCACCGAUUCCGUCGCCGUGCAUCUGAUGCGCCACCUUUACGCUUCGAUCCCCGAGGUGCUGGAGGCGUACCACGCGCUUCCGCUGCCUGUGCUCAAGGCCGACUUUUUCCGCUACCUCAUCUUGCUGGCCAGGGGAGGCAUAUACUCAGACAUUGACACUUCGGCGCUGAAGCCCGCCACCGAAUGGGUGCCGGCUGACGUUCCACGGGAGGCGUACGGGCUGGUCAUUGGCAUUGAGGCCGAUCCCGACAGGGAGGACUGGCACGAUUGGUACUCGCGGCGCAUCCAGUUCUGCCAAUGGACCAUCCAGUCGAAGCCCGGCCACCCUGUGCUGCGCGAGAUUGUCGCAAACAUCACCGAGGAGACGCUGAAGCGCAAGCGCGAGGGCACGCUGGUCGCCGACGUCAAGGGCAUCGUCGAGUACACCGGGCCAGCGCUGUGGACCGACAUCAUCUUCGAUUUCUUCAACGACCCGACGUACUUCGACAUGAGUGCGAGCACCAAGAACAUCGGCUGGGAGGAUUUUACCGGAAUCACCGCCGCGAAGAAGGUCGGCGAUGUCAUAGUGUUGCCGAUCACCAGUUUCAGCCCCGGCGUUCGCCAAAUGGGUGCUGGUGAAGACGACGAUCCGAUGGCCUUUGUCAAGCACAACUUCGAAGGAACGUGGAAGCCCGAUAGCGAGCGUCACAUAGGCGAGAUCUUCUAG